UUUCCUCAUCAACUCGUGUUGAUUUAGUUAAUCUAGAUUGUUAUUUAUACAGUUUGUGUGAAUGUCCAAUUGGUAUCUAUCGUUAAUCACCUGUUUCCACCAUUGUCAUUAAUAAUUCUCGAUGGCUGAAACGUCCAUCCAAGCUGAGGCUCUUGAAGAGGUUCUCACCAAUUGUAUCUUGGGAUGUCAAAAGCAGGAUUGGCAAGUACUUGAUACUGUUAUUGAUUUACUCGUACGUACUUACCAGGUAGAUGCCAAACGAAUUACCCUGGAAGAUGCCAUGAUCCAGAAAGUCUAUCUGCUGUUCAGUAAAGUUGAUUAUAUAACCCUUAAGGAUCAUUUGAAUUUCCACUACUCUAUUAAUGCAAAUAUCUUUCGUUUGCUGAGAAAUUGUUGUGCCGGUAGUCCCCGUAAUAUUGAACUCUUAGUUAGGAACACAAAAUUUCUUGAUGCAAUAAUUUGUUGGCUACGAUAUCACACAAAUAAAUUAUCAAAUGAUACAGAGGAAGAAAAUGAUUCAAAUCAUGAUAAAAUGCUUAUUGCAGUAAAAUGCUGUUUGCAAUUUUUAGCUAAUGCAGUUGGUGGCCAAUCUCAAGAUGGUGAUCCAAUGAAAAGAUACAUUUGGCAGAAUUUCGAUUUCAAUACUCAACGCAAACUGUUGAACACAGACUGUCCUGGAGUUCGUAAAAUUACUACUGCUAUUAUUUAUAAUUGUAUGUUGGAUGAUGGCAUUUUUAGAAGCGUAGUGGAUGAAUUUCCGAUCUUAGUAUCCAUGAUUGAUGGAAUUAUUUUUGAAUUGCGAACUGAUCAUCCUUCCGAGUGGAGCUAUUUCAUUCUUCAACGUAUUUUGGAACACCAAGUAGCUGUCGGUGAUCUUUUACAAAAUAUCCCCAUGGAGAGAAGCAUCAACUUCAUUGAUGUGAUGACAAAUAUGUUGACACAAGAUAACGCUGAGAAUCGUGCUCCUCGAAUCAGUGAAUACAAUUUGAUUCCCAUUUUUCGAUUGCUUAAACAUAAUUUGGUUGAUUUAAAGAUUGAAAAAUCAGUCCAAGAAAGGAAACCAAGAAACUUCGAACUUAUUUUCGCGUUACUUCGAUUAGCUUGUGAAGUGACUGCCAAUGAACAUAGUCAAUACUCUUUUCUGGAAGACGAAGAGCUAUUCAAACUUACAUCAACUGUUCUUCAAAUUAUCCACAAAGUUUAUAAACAAAGUCCAUUGAGAGAGGCAUUAAGGAUUGACUUUCCGCCAAGUUUUUCAGCUGCAAUGCAAAUGAAAAAGAAUUUGGUUCGCUUGAUCGCUAAUCUUGCUUAUAACCGACCUGCUAUGCAAAAUUUAGCCAACAAAAUUGAUACUGUACCAUUGAUACUUGAUCUUGCUCAUUACGACUACCAAAAUCCUUUCAUUCGGGAAUGGGCAAUAGUGGCCACUCGCAAUCUCCUUAAAGAUAAUCCAGCAAAUCAAGCGAUAGUUAGAGGCAUUUUUAAUGCAUGUGCAGCUGACCAACGUUCAAUACGGGAACAAAUCAAAGAACGACUAGCAGAGCAAAAUAGACUUUAAUAUCAGACCUUAACACAUACUGCAUGUAAGCCACAGAUGACAUAUCAUACAGUGUGAGCUAAUGUUGUAAAAUUUUAUUUUCAUGUAAAAAUUUUCAUCUCUUCAGCAUCUAUUCUCAACUCAUUCAUACUCUUUGAUAAAGAAAAUAAAUAAAUAAUUUCUUUUAUUUAAA